AUGAGGUGCUUUUUGUUACUUUUGGUCCUCGUGUUACUUCUACAGACCGUUUGGUGUGAGCCAGUCAUCUCCCCUGGGGGACCUCAUGUGGUGGUUCCCAAGGGGGGCAAACUGGAGCUUCGUUGCCAUGAAAACGCCACAGUGUCUGGCGCCCCACCGUCCAGGCUGCGCUGGCAGAGAGAGAGGGUGCGGCGGAUGGAAGUAGAGGUGGAGGAAGGUGCAGUGGUCUAUGUGAGAGUGUCCUCCGCUCAGGCUUAUCACAUGGGCCGCUACGUGUGUGUCAACAACAUCACACUGGAACACAGCUCUAUCUAUGUCUACGUCAAAGAUCCUCAAAGUGUUUUUCAGCGCCCUAUGGUGAAUGGCAUCUUGGUGCGAGCAGGUGAAAACCUCACCGUUCCAUGUCUUGUGACUGACCCCAACGUGACGCACUUGGCCCUGGAGACUUGUGAGAGUCGGCCUCUGCCCUCUGGUCUGAGUUACCGGAGCGACCUCAUGCGGGGCAUCAUCAUCAGCAAUGCCCAGAAGGAGUUUGAGGGCUGCUUCCGCUGUGUGGGGAGGCUGGCUGGAGAAAGAGUGGUUUCUGCGCCGUAUACAGUAGACGUACGCUCUGUGCCAGAAGGGCCUCCAGUGAUUAGACUCUCCCAUAAAGACACUGUCAUCCUGAAAAAAGGGGAGCAUUUUGAAGUCACCUGCAACUCCUCCAACGUCGACCCAGACUUUAGUGUCAAAUGGGACUAUCCCCAAACAGCGCAUCCAGUUGAAUCCCAUGGCUCCCACAUCAUUUCUGUCUCUCAUGGUUACCAGAGGUCUACCUCAGUCUCGAUUGCCUCUGUGGACCAGUCAGACCAGGGCAUCUAUCGCUGCUAUGCCCAUAAUAAGAGAGGCAACAGUACGAAGACCAUCCACUUGGAUGUUCGCGACAAAGGAUACAUCAGCAUGUCGGGAGGUUCUGGUCCAGUUCAGGCUGUGGUUAAAGAAGGAGAGAACCUGAGUCUCAAAGUGCAGUUUGAGUCUUACCCUGCCCCCAGAGCUCUGUCCUGGUCUUUCAAUGGUAAACACCUUCUCAAUACAACGGAGCACUUCAUCACUGUGCACAAGAAAAAGUACAGAUAUGAGAGCGAGCUCCGGUUGGUGAGGGUCCUGGGCUCAGAAGGAGGCAUCUAUCUGUUUUCAGUCAGUAAUGAAGAUGCAAAUAUCACAUACUCAUUCCAUGUUUAUGUCAACAGUAAACCUGUCAUUAUUGCACAGGAAGGACCUGUAGAUGGACAGGUGCGAUGCAUUGCUGCUGGCUUUCCUGUCCCUAAGAUUAGCUGGUACUUCUGUGAGGUGCCUCUUACCAGGUGCUCACAUCUUCCCAAUGCUUCUCAAUGGGAGGCCCCUGAGGUCGUUGUUGGGCCCGAGUCUGCCUUUGGGCGAGGCGAGGUAGAGAGCCGUCUGAACAUCAGCAAGGAGCACUCCCAGUACCACACCCUGGAGUGUGUGGCCUACACCGAAGGAGAUGAGGCCUUCACACUCUUCUCCAUCAGUGAGCGAGUCGUUCCCCAUGAACUCUUCACCCCUCUGCUCACUGGGAUGGUGGCUACAGGGGUCAUCCUCACCUGCUGUCUGGUGGUACUACUUUACAAGUAUAUGCAAAAGCCUAAAUUCCAAAUUCAGUGGAAGGUCAUUGACAGCAUUCAUGGAAACAACUACAUUUAUAUUGACCCUACCCAGCUCCCAUACGACUCCAAGUGGGAGUUUCCACGGCAGAAGCUACGCUUUGGUAAAACUCUGGGCUCUGGUGCUUUUGGUAAAGUCGUUAGAGCCACCGCCUACGGACUAUGCUCAGCUGAUACGGUCACAACUGUUGCAGUGAAGAUGCUCAAACCCAAUGCCCAUGCGACCGAGAAGGAGGCUCUGAUGUCGGAGCUGAAAGUUCUGGGUUACCUUGGAAACCACAUGAACAUCGUUAACCUGCUGGGAGCCUGCACUGUCGGAGGGCCGAUUUUGGUGAUUACUGAAUACUGUUGCUAUGGCGACCUUCUCAACUUUCUUCGAAGGAAACGAGAAUCUUUCCUAAAUGAGCAAAUUAGUGAUGGUUACUAUCGCAACAACCAGAGCGAGCCAUUGAGGGAGAUAACUGGAUCUGGAUACAUCCCCAUGCGUCCUUCUGAAAAGUCAUCUGAGUCAGAUGUCAUUGAGGAGCUGUCUCUCAAUGCUGAAGACCUAAUCAGCUUUUCUUAUCAGGUUGCCAAAGGAAUGGAGUACAUUACUUCAAAAAAUUGUAUUCAUAGGGAUCUCGCGGCCAGAAACGUUCUGCUGACUCACGGUCGAGUUGCCAAGAUCUGUGACUUUGGGUUGGCGCGUGACAUCACCACUGACUCCAGCUAUGUGCUCAGAGGAAAUGCUCGUUUGCCGGUCAAGUGGAUGUCCCCAGAGAGCCUGUUUGACUGUGUCUAUACCUUUGAGAGUGAUGUCUGGUCCUACGGCAUUCUGCUCUGGGAAAUCUUCUCUCUUGGAAACAGUCCCUAUCCUGGAAUGCAAGUGGGUUCAGCUUUCUACCGGAUGAUUCAAGAAGGCCACCGAAUGAGCAGGCCGGGGUCUGCCCCUGUAGAAAUCUACGACAUGAUGCUGUGUUGCUGGAAUCAUGACCCUUUGAAACGGCCUUCAUUCAGAAAAUUGGUGGAGAGCACUGAACUGCUUCUAUCAGAAAACACUAGAAAUGUCUACCUGUCUUUGAGCACCGCGUCUGGGCCCAAUGACCAGCAGAGGGAGCCGACAAGCAGGCUGGGCUCCGUCUGCAGCACCACCGCCCCUACUCAGCCUCUGCUGCUGAGCGCUGGGGAUGUUUUUGUGGACUAUGAAAGUGUUUGA